ACCACGGCACGGCGGGCGAGGAGGUGCCGGGCGGCGGAGACAUGUUCCAGGCCCCGGAGAGCGACGGCGGCCGGGCUGGAUCCAGGGCCAUGAAGCCCCCGGGAGGAGAGGCCAGCGAUCUUUCCGGAAGUCCCGAAGCAGCUGCUCCGUCCAGCAGGCCCAACAGGAUGGCAUCUAAUAUUUUUGGACCCACUGAAGAGCCUCAGAACCUACCGAAGAGGACCAACCCCCCAGGGGGCAAAGGAAGCGGUAUCUUUGACGAGUCCACGCCUGUGCAGACGCGACAGCGUUUGAACCCGCCUGGCGGAAAGACCAGCGAUAUCUUUGGGUCCCCGGUUGCCGCUACGUCACCGUCGGCACAUCCAAACAAACCCAAGGACCACGUGCUCCUGUGUGAAGGGGAAGACCCGACCUCGGCGCCCAGAGCUGCAGCGAGCACCGCGCCGGGAGACGAGCUGGGGCAGAAGGGCAGCCCUGGAGACGCAGGCCGCACCCAGCAACCCGUGCCCAUGCCCACAGCUGACAGCCAUGAGCCCAGGUUGGGCCCGCGCCCGCGUUCUCACAACAAAGUCCUGAACCCGCCUGGAGGCAAAUCCAGUAUCUCCUUCUACUAAGAGGGGCUGCUGCUUCCCUUGUAGCCAGACAAAACACCGGAGAGAUAGGAUUUCAAAUACUAUAGUUUCUUUUAGCCCAAAGGAGCCGGGUGGGGAGAGGGUCUGUUGUGUAUCUGAAGCCGCACCUCGGGCACCGUGGCCAUCCCAGAGCCGCGGAGGACCUCAGCCUCCAGACUGCCAGGACACCAGUCUUGGUCGGUAGAAAACGGGACUCACUCGUAACUGCAGAUGUGAUGGGACUCUGUGAGGGGUGCGGCAUGGGGUCCCCACGGCCUUGCGGCACUGGCGCUCUGCUGGCCGACCGGGGGUCCGGGGAUCACUAACACCGUAGCAGAGUUUAAAUUUAUAGCCUUGGCAAGAAAAUAAAAACCCCGUGGGUGCUGCGGUGGGAAAGAGGAGCGAGGCGUGAGCCAGAACACUGCUGGCGGGGAUGGGGGAGGGGCGCCUCUGGCCAGCUGGCCCCUCAGACCCUUGCCCCCUUCCCCGAAGGGUGGUUCCGGUCCCCAGGACUCCCGCCGAGGGCCGUGAGCCCCAGCGUGUGGCCCCACACGUGUCCCGAUGCACGCCAGUUGCUUGUGCUCGGCAGCUGUCCUCAGAAACCAGAAAGUCGUGAUGAGUCGCGCACUUUUAUGGCCGGAUUUUGAGGUGCUCCGUUUCUGCCAUCCAGAUGCUUGGCCAGAUCUUUCAUGCACAGGCUGGCUUCACUGUGAAUCGUCCCCUCUUCCUCCGUGGCCUCCGUUCUAGGUCCGUGCCCAUCACCAGCCAUGCGGACAGACCCCUUCUCCAGUCCGUUCUUCCUGCUGGCGAGGCCCCCUGACUUCUGCAGCUUUAAGCCUGUCCACAUGCAUCUUUAUUCCCAUGGGCGGUGGGAGGAAGCAAUGCCCCUGAGCCUUGGGGUUCUUGGGUUUGAAUCUUUAAUGGUGUCUAGAGAGCUAUCAUCAAAUCCCAGCUUUACGGAAGUCCCUCUUGACUCCGAUCUGCUCGUGACACCUUUCUAGGAAAAAGUCAGUUGCUCAGGUACAGCAAAGAGGAAGCAAAGUUUGCUUAGCUGCUCUUUAUAAAGCUUUGCACAGCUUCUGACCGUAUCCAGUUUCCAGAAGAGACCAGGAGACCUUGGGCCAGAAGAUGAAGUAGUUUGAUAGUGUGAAGUCUCAACUGGCCAGUUCUGACAGAACGGGCUGGCCAGAGUCCUGUCGCUCUGAUCUGUCGGGCGGCGGUUUCUCCCACUUGCCCCACAGGGCUACAUUCUCGUUUCUUCGCUCACUCACGUCGGACCAACAGCUCGCAGGGGACGGGGUUUGGGUUAGGGGUACCGAUCGGUAUGAGUGCCUACAAAGCCAAUCCCAUGUGCUAAAAACACCUGCAUCGUUACCACAAUGCAGAAAAGCAACACGCUGGGUUGUCGCACCCACUGUGGCCUAGACACCGAAGUGCCUCAGGAGCCACCUGCCGAGCUCCGCCGCGUACACCUGGCGCAUGUGGCUUUGUCAACCAAAGACGGUUUCCCCCUCUCAGCUGCCCUGUGCACUCUGGAGCUGAGAACCCAUUCCGUGCAACUCUCAAGUACUUCCUGUCUCCCCCCUUUAAGUGGUCAUUUGUAGGACAGUUGUUUGGAGUUCAGAGCAUCCCCCCAUUAAAAAAUGUCAUAAAUGGCGGUUAGGGUUUAAGCCCAAACACACUAACUGGCUUAACACAAUGUUCUCAUGGUGCAAGUGAACUACCGUUUAUGACUAUGUCUUGUGCUUCUUAACAUGCAAGAAAGAGGUUCGUGGAUUCCAAGUUGGGUUGCCAGGAACCCUCAUACUGUGGUGCUGGCCCCUGGGGCUCCACCCCUGCCCUCGCUGCCCAGCGAGGGGGACGAUGAGGAGCGCUCCACCGCUGUCCCCCAGCAGGCAUCUCCGGGGCGGAUGGGGGUGGGGGGGAUGGAGGCACCGCGGCGCUGCAGCAGGAGCCUCGUCGUGGGGACAGAUGCCCUGCCUUCCCUCCCUGGGGCUGCAGAAAUGGGUUUAGAGAGCCUGGUGGCCUGCUCGCUGGGAGGAGCAGGAGAGGCCUUUCUGCUCCGGUGAGCCAGUGGGGUGGCCAUUUAUAUUCGGAAAAUGCUCUGUACACUGAAGACCACCUUGUUUGGAAGACUCUAACUCAGCAUCCUGUGUUCAACCUCUGAGCUGCAUUGAGAAGUUAGUAGUCUGUUUUUAUUAAGCCUUAAAACUUUUUUUAUGUGCAUUUGGUGCCAACUUUUUUCUAGAGCUGUGUCAAAAACCAGAAGUCUGUACUCAGAUCACAAAGUAGUUUUGAUAGGGGCAUCUUGUUACAACGCAGGAUCGGGUGUCCGUGUUGGAUUAAACCUUGCAAUCAUGUACUCAAA